CAAAUAAUGUUUUUUGACUUCACACAAGGUUUAAAAUCCUAUUAUAAUCCAAAGGUAGUGUGAAAUACAUUUACACGUUUCUCAUGAAUGUAUGUUUUUUUUGUGUUUUCAGAGAACUCCCCCGUGUUCAGUAAUCAAAUUGCACGCAUUGCCCUUGUGUGGCAAUGUUUGCAAACACAGAAAGAUGUCUAUACCACCGUAGUUAACCUAACAACCGCUUUUCACCCAAUCACUCUCUCAGGUGAAGGACAUCUCAUUGGAGGCCACAGGAGCUUUGUGAAGCCAGCAGGACACAAUAUGUGGAAUGAUGACCAACCAAUUACUGUUGAUGAGGCGAGUGGAUCCUCAACCCAGCACGUUGUCGUGAUAGAGUCUGCAGAUGCAAGUCCUGGGUUCAAGCUAGAGAGGUCUGAAGGAGACGAGGACCCACGGCACAGCAGAAACUUUCAGACUGGAGUCGAGGACCCUACCACCACCCCAGCGCAGCCCAGGACCCGACGCAGCAUCACGGAGGUCAGUGGAACGCUGAACGCCGUCCUCAAGUCAAAGACAGACACCAAGACGUUAACUGUAACACACAGUCUCUUACACACAGGACCUGACCAAAUAUCAGAUCCAGGUCUGGGGAGACUGGGCUGUCCUCCUGCUCCCGGCUCAGACUAUUUACCAGUAUUUCAUCAGAGCCAGAGGCCUGUUCAUUCCCGUGGAGAUGGGGAUGGUGACAAGUUAGACACUGGUAGUGAUGAGCCUGCUUGUUCUUACACCACAGAGAAGGACCCUGGCAACAUGCCCCUGGGUUUAGAGACACAGACUGAUCUGUCUAUAGGGGCCUGGAAUCAGUACAGUAGUACUGUAUACUCUGAAGGGUACUUAGAUAAGAAAGGGGAGGGGCUUGUCAUAAAUGAAGUGACUGUGAAAUUGGAAGGCGACGUUCCUUCCACAUGGAAUGCAGAUAAUCACCUAGGAGAAGGACACUCGCAGGGCAGAGAUUUUUUAGACUACAGGGAAAGCUUAGAGACAAAUCCAAAUGUUGCGACCCACUCCCCUUUACACACACUCAGUGAUCGAGACCCCGUGUCCACGUCGAUGGGAUCUUCAGAUUCACACGGCCAUGUCUUUUUCGAUCAGGUAUUGAACUCAAACAACAGGGCUAAAGCCCAGGGUCGGGGAGGGGGAGCCACAUCAGGCAAUAGUAAAGAGAAACGGUUCCUCUGCAUGUUCUGUAACAAAGGCUUCAGCUGCCCCCAGAAGGUGGAGAUCCACCAAAGGGUCCACACAGGGGAGAAACCAUUCAGCUGCACCCAGUGCCACAUGCGCUUCACCGAGGCUGGCACCCUGAAGCGGCACCAGAGGGUCCACACAGGGGAGAAACCUUACAGCUGCCCCCAGUGCGAGAAGAGGUUCUCCCGCCAGGACAAACUGAAGAGGCAUCUGAAGGUCCACACGGGAGAGAGGCCGUUCGCCUGUACGCACUGCGGGAAGAGGUUCUCAGAGAGGAGCUACCUCAGAAUACAUCAGGAGAAAACCCAUUCCACUCUAUAACAUAGAAAGUAACCAUUCCAUUUGAUAGCUUCUGACGUUUAGCUCAAAACCUGCAUUAAAGAGUGUUGGAAGUGCAAGGCAUUGUUCCACAUUGUGGAAUAUACACUGAGUGUAUAAAACAUUAGAAACACCUGCUCUUUCCAUGAAAUACACUGACCAGGUGAA